GUCAUGGCGUCACCGGAUGUUGUUGAACCCUCUGUUGCGUUCACUGACACUUGCCGCUUAUCACGUUUCUAGUAUUCUCCACGUCUAGAACUUUCCUGUAACAGUCAGAAACACAGACCGCAUUCGGGGCGAAAACUCAUGGCAGCCGAACGCAGCUUCAGUGAUAGCUUCAUUGACGAAGAUCCCCAGAAAGCCCUGGAGGCUCUUAAUGAGGCCCUGGAAGGAGAUUGUGACAAUGCUGAGUGGUUCUGUCAGCGCGCCUAUGCCCACAUACUUCUGAAAAACUACAGCAGUGCCGUUGAUGAUGCAAAGAAAGCCCAGCAGCUAAAACCCAGCCUACCUUUAGCCUUCAUGCGAACAGGAAUUGCAGAGUACCACCUAAAAAACUACGAGUCAGCAAAUGCAGCCUUUACGCAGGCGCAGCAGCUGGACGAUUCUGACAAAUCAUGUGAAGUCUGGAUAAAGCGGUGCGAAGAGACAAUGGGGGCUCAGACACAGAACGGCAGCGUUACCACGCAGACACCAGCGACUCCACCUGUGAAGCAUGACUGGUACCAAACAGAAUCACAAGUCAUCGUCACCAUCAUGGCGAAGAAUGUUCCCAAGGACGGUGUGCGCAUCAACUUCACGGAAAGAGAGCUCUCUGCUAACAUACAGAUGGCAUCGGGGGAGAACUGCGACCUCCACUUCCACCUUCUGCACCCCAUCGUCCCACAGCAGAGCAGCUUCAAGGUCCUCACCACCAAGGUGGAAAUCAAGAUGAAGAAGACGGAUGCCAUCAGAUGGGAGAAGCUGGAGGGAGAAGGACAAGAGUCCAACAUCAAACACUUCGAUCCGAAUCAGUACCCCACAUCUUCCCACUACACCCGAAAGUGGGAGAAGAUGGUGCUGGACAUAAGCGAGGAGGAGAAGAACGAGAAGCUGGAGGGAGACGCGGCGCUCAACAAGCUCUUCCAGCAGAUCUACUCAGACGGCUCAGACGAGGUCAAACGAGCCAUGAACAAAUCUUUUAUGGAGUCUGGUGGGACGGUCCUGAGCACCAACUGGGGCGACGUGGGGACGAGGAAGGUGGAUGUGAAGCCUCCAGAUGACGUAGAGUUCAAGAAGUACUGACCGUCUCCCUAUGUCCCUCUGUCUUCAUCCCAUCCUUGCAUUUUUUUUAAAAAUAUGGUCUGUCUUCACAUUUACCCACCUGAGCCCCUUUGGGAUCCCUGGUUGCCUGGCGACCUGCUCAGCGGUCAGCUUCUUAGGGAGGCACUACCACUCCACUGAAACAACAAGGCCCUGUAUGCUGUCGGACGACUUUAAAUGAUCUGUUGAAAGGAUUGAUUCGCUCCGUUUGGGUUUUCUUAAGGUUGACGAACUGCAAAAGGGAAACAAGUGUUUGCUAGACCUGAAUUACAUCGACUCAGCCUUCAGAUGUUUUUUAUUUAAACCAGCCUCAGCCAAUCGUUUCAAAGCCUUUUUUUCUUUUUAUAAUUUACCAUUUUCAGCAUAAUGUAAAAAUGUAAAAUCGCAUAAUAAGUGAUCUAACUAUAAAUGAAUGUUUUUUUUCCCCCCUCUCUGUAAAGAACCUGCACCGACGACCGUCUUGACUUUUCUGCCGAUGGCUCAACUCCUGUCGCUCCGUCAGUCUGACUCAAGCUUCGCUGUAAAUAAAAGAUUUCUUGUUUUGUCUCUAAA